AUGAAACCAGUAGGAGAAGGAGGUCGAGGCAAGGCCAAAGGCCCUCAGGAGUGGGAAGUGGUUGAGUAUGAAAUGGGGCAUGAAGGCAAGAUCCAAAAGAAGGUCAAGGCCCUUUGUGGGCGCCUGUAUAAGCGGGGCCUGAGGAAGACCUGGAAUAGCUGCCUUCAACUAAUGCUCUCCAUGAGAGACCUACACAGAACUCUUUGUAAUGAGCAUCCAGGGACUGAACCCUUGUUUUCUCCUUAUGCAUGGAACCUAUACAAGAUCUUGGGACACAGACCCCAGGAAAACCAAGUCCCAGGUUCUUUUGAGAGCCCGUGGAUUGAGCAUGAAAUCUGGAUCUUCCUGCAAGAGUGGAAAGUGGUUGAAUAUGAAAUGGGGCACCAAGCCAAUAUCAAAAGGAAGGCCAAGUCCCUUUCCAUGCGCCUCAAUACUUGGGGUGUGUGGAAGAGCUGGAAUAGCUGCCUUCAAUUGAUGUUAUCCAUGAUGGACCUGCACAGAAUUCUUUGUACUGAGAGGCCAAGGUCUGAACCCUUGUUUUCUCCUUAUGCAUCAGAACUGUACAGGAUCUUGGGUUACAGAUCCCAGAGAGACCACAUCCCAGGUGCUCUGUAUGAUUGGUCUGGUAACCCCAUGGUGUCCAUGUACCCUCAACCUCCAAUGGUGAUGCCAUCUCCAGUUCAACAGCCAUGGGCUUCUGCCACAUCUAUACCAUCUGGGCAGCUCCAUGGGAAGCCAUCCCUGAUGAUGUACAAUCAGAAUUCACUAGAUUGCAGAUGGUAUGCCUGGAAGGACACCUAUCCAUUGUCAGUUCCGCCUGUACUUCCUGCCUCUGUUCCUGGAGACACCAACCUUCAGCUGCCAAGGAGGCCUAGAGAAGAGUCUGAUCAAGGAGAAAAAUUUUAUUUUUUCCCAAGUUGUCAACGUGACUGUAUCUGGAAUGAAUGGAACGACAUUGCAAGUUUGGAGGACACACUUGUGAUUCAGACCUUGAGGCUGAAAGACACAGGCUAUGAUCAUAGCCAUGAGGCAUGA